AUGUGCAUGUUACUGGAGGAUUAUAUCACAAUACGGGAAACCUUUGCUGAUAAAAUGCAGUCGGGCAAAACACCGUUUGCUUCAACGCCGUGUGUGCGGGCGGCCGUUCCCGACGGGGAGCUCGCAGCGAAGCGGGGCGUUGCGGUGGCUGAGAGCCCCCCGGGUCAGCCCAGAGCUGCCGUGCGGAGCAAGGCGGGGGUUAGAAACGCUCCAAACGCUCGUGUUGGGAGCGGCAGCCCUCAGAGGCGGAGCGGGGCGCCGGUGGGUCGCGGCCCGGGGCUAGGCCGGCCCGGAACGCCGCUGCCCCGGAACGCGGCGUGCGGCUCCGCCGGGCCCGGCCGGGGCCUGCGCUGCGCGGCACCGUCCCGCUGCCUUCCUGCGCCCGCCCCGCCGAGGCUCCGCUCCACAGCGCCCGGCCCGGCCAUGCUGCGGCCGGAGCCCCUCUGCCUCCUGCUGCUGCUGCUGCUGCCGCACGGCGGCCGGGCCACCUCCCCCGCUCCUCCGCUCACUCCGGGCCCGACCAACGCCACGGGCGCUACCCGGGCGGCCGCGGGCAACGGGACGCAGCCGAGCCCGUCGGCGGGACCGCGGCGCCCGCCGGGGUCGGGGCUGCUGCCGGGGUCGGGGCUGCCGGUGCUGAAGCGGGCGGUCUAUGUGCUGAGCGCCCUCUCGGCUCUAGCCGCGCUCUAUUUCCUCCUGCGGGCGUUCCGCCCUAGGUCAGAGGGACCCAGAAACGAGCGAAAAACUCAUUUCAGGUUGAAGAAACCUCAGCGGAAGAAAUAUGGGCUCCUGUCGAACUAUGACGAGAACAUGGAGGUGGCCUCGCUCGACAGUGACGAGGACACGGUGUUUGAGAUGAGAAACCUGAGGCGAUGAUUUGGGACCAACAGCGCAGACUGACCAAGGGGGUGCAAGUCCAGCGGAAUCACCAGUGCUCGAGUUUUAUUUUCUAUAUUUGCUUAAAAUGACUAUUAAUUAACAGUCCAAACACUUCCAUAGCUGGGGCAGGGGAAAGGGGACCAAACCUGUUUUCUUCACACACGUUUUUAGGGAACGGUGGAGCUGCAAGCUAAGUGAUGCUGCCUUGGGUGCUGUUAACUGCACAGGGAGAUGCUGAGGAGAAUGUGACUCCUGGAUGGAUGAUGCUCAGCAUAUGAAAUCUUACCACUCUGGACCCAAGUGCUGCAGCUGUGUAUUUUAUAGGUGCUCAUAUCCCUCUCUACUGACUGUGGCAGUCAGCUUGAUGUAUCAGGCAAGUGGAUUCCUCUACAGGCUGAUCCUCUUUCCUUCAUGCAGCAUUAGGUUACUUCUUUAGGAAGUGUCUCUCUGUUCAACUCUGAUCUGGUAGGAGCUGGGAGAACUCUUGUUGUCUGUUACACUAGUGAUGGGUGUGGAUAGUGUUGUGUCAGUUCUAAGAGUGAGUUAAAUGCAUCGAUCUUGUAGUUGCAGGGUGAGCAGUUACACGAGAUAGUAACAGGUCAUGACAUGAGUUUACAGAGCAAAGACAUGUUUACAAAUGAAAGAUGCCUCUUAGCCCAGAGGAGCAGGUCCCCAAAAGAGGAAUCAGUCUGUGGGGCCGUGAGUGUUCAGACUGUUCUGCCCAGCUCCAGUGGUGUGUUCACCAGAGGAGUUUGUGACAUGGACCAAGCUGCUGGAUGUUGAGCUGCUCUCUGUGUGAUCACCUGAGGAGGAGCUGGAGCUUGAGUCGGGCACCUUCACUGCUGGUGUGAUGAGUGACCUGUCUCUGAGCAUCUGAUGGCUGGAAAAGCAGGACCCAAACUCCUGCAGGUUGUGAUUCUUAAACCAAGACAGCCCUGGCUCGGAAUUACUCUCUUCUUGAAGGGUACAGGAGUUUCACUCCAUUUGCUGGUACUCAAGCUGUGUCCCAAUGUCAGCCCAGCAAACUGGGAUGUUUCUGUGCAGCCCAUUGUGUUGGUAUUUGGGAUCUUAGUGUCUAGGACCAAAUGCGAAUGUCUUAGAAGGUCAUUGUUAGGUGGAUCUGCUGCUACAAUGGUGAAACUGCUUGCUAAGUGCUCCUGUUGACAGCACAUUUUAGCCUUGAAGGGAAGGCCUGCCCUUGAAAACUAUGGGCAGUGCAGACAUCUGUCCUCAGGUCCCACCCCACCCAAAACUGGUAGUGCCUUUGUUAGGAGAACCCAAGGGAGUUACCCUGCAGGCCAGGGAGUUCCCCCAUUGAUCUUGCCUUUGAGAUGAAGAUUGAGAAUGCUUUGGAGUAGUGGUUCCUUCCUUUUAGUUAGCAAAUCCUCUGUAGAUAAGAGGACGAACCUGAAAGAGACAUCCUUAUCAAAACAGCAGGGGUGGUUUUGACCCCUGCAGGGGGUCUCUGGUGCUCUGAGGCCCUUCCUGCGGUGGCUGAAGGAGUGAUGUGUGAUCCUGGUGCUCUCCCGUGUGAGGGGCAGCGUUCCUCUGUGCAGUGGGUGAGGUUUCCUGGAGAAGCAUCGCUCAGGUGCUGUCUCACACACGUGCAAAAGAUUUUAAAUAUAUAUAUAUAUAUAUUUUUAGUAAUGCUGUCAUGUGAACACAGCGCCUGGAUGUGCCCUAAUUUCAUAUCAUUUGUAUCCUUUCAUGCCUCUUUUAGGUACUUUCUGCUUGUUUAGCUGAUGCAGAGAUGAAAGCGUUCGCUGCGUUCCUCUGUGAGGAUGGAGUAAGGGCUAAAUCUGGCCGUUGCUGCCCCUUGGGUGAUCAGAGAGCUGAUGUGUUUGAUUCGUGGUAGCGUGUCCUCCUUGAUCCUGCAUAGCCCGGCAGGUCUGUGCACGUGCUGAUCACUUUCUCUGGCUUUUCAACUCCCUUAGCAGAGCUGAGGGCUCUGUGCUGGAGCCAGGUCAGCCUGGCUCUGCUUCAGCCCACUGACGUGCCCCUGCUCAGCGUUUUGGCUGCCAUUCAUUGGCCUUUCUUUACCUGAGGCAAUGAGCUUGAUCGUUCUUUAGGCUCUGCUCCUCAUUAGACAGGUGGGUUUUGCAAUUUUGCCAUUUCCUUAUCUCGCAGCAGUGGAUGAUUUCUUUUUAGUGUUAAAAGUUGAAUGAUUUUGAUAAGAGGAGACCUUGAGCCAUAGGUCCUGCCGUGAACGUGAUUUUGCUAGGAUUUGAUUUUGCUGUAAUAGAUAAUUUAGAAUUUGAGCAGGGACAGGUGUGGAAGGAAUCAGCCAGAGCACAUAAUGAGGUCUGGAUUUUGGUGCUGUGCAUGCACAUGGUAAUGGAGUUGGAGGCCUGGAGGAUCUGCCAGCCCAGGGGGCACACGUCUUCAGAGCCUUUAAAAAGUAGAGAGGAAAAAGGUGAUGGUGGGGCUAUAGCGUAGCAUUGCUGUCACUUCUACUGUGAUCCUGUUUUGUCUGGAGACUGGUUUGAGCUGUAAUCAAUGUCCCUGUGUGGCUAUUUUCAUUUUCCACUGAAGCAUCCUGAAUCUUGGAGGCCUGGUCUGGAUUUGCUCUUUGCAGGCAAGGACCUUGCAUUCCUGCUCCGUUCUAAAGUAUCCUUAAAGGCGUUUUCUGAGAGGAGAAAACAAAGAUGCUGAUCCUAGAUGUGAGGCUCCUUUGAGGACAAGUCUAUUGCUUGGCACUGCUGCUGCUGAUCUCCAUUCCUCCUGGAAGAAUUAAUCAGAGCCAUCGCAGCAGCUUUUCCUCCCAGCAGUGGAACAGCCCAUGGGAAUCGGUGCAGGCUCUUUUGGGAGGGGUGGAUCUUGCUAAUGAGAGCGGCUUUUAAAGCCUCUCAUUGUGUCUGUAAUAAGACAGCAGCUGAGUAAUUACUUCAUUUAUCGUUUUAGUUACUUUAUGUGUAUUUGAUACCGGUGUUCAUAGCCUUGUAGGUCUCUGCAGCAGUUGGAUCUUCUAGUAUUAUUCCAGACUAGGUUUAAAUACAUGGAUGCAAACAGACACACGUGUGCUCACAGACACGUGUGUGCUCUGAGCAUGCGAGACAGCUCUAGUCUGGGAGCUGCGUGGCUGCAGGGUUGUGGCUGUGCUUAGGGCAAUGUGUGCCUGUCCCUGGGCGUGCUGAUGUCUCACCAGCUCCUUUUCUUCCUCCAGAGUGAGCUGGGGGGUCAGGGGAGGCUCUGUGGACUUUGGCCUGCGCAGGGCUCCGGGCAGUCAUGCCAAAAGGCUGUCAGAGCUGAUGGGCGCAGGGUGGUGAGGACAAUGCUGCAGUCACCAGCCUGUGUGUGUCACAAGUGACAGCUGCAGAGUUUGCUUGAAACAAUCCCAAUUGUGUAAAGCCAAAGCCUCAUUUCAGAAGUUUAUCUAAUUGCCCCUCUGAUCUUCUUGGAAGACUGCAUCGAAUCCUCUGCUGUUGAUACUGAGCUGCGAGGCAAAUCGACUGCACCGUCUGCCGAGGUUAAUGAGAUUGACUGAGCGCGAUUUGAGCAUCAGCUCUCUGUUGCUAAUAACGUGCUUCUGUUUUGUUUCCCUUGUACGUGGGAUCUGCCAUGCUGGGAGAGGGACCUGUGGUCUGAGCAGAUUGCCAAGAAGUCAAUAAACCAGCUCCUGAGUGCAUCGUGUUGCCUGCGCUCCCAGGAAUGGAGGAGCGAGUCUUUCACCUCCUGCUUCAGUUGCUCAUUUACUUUUAAAUAGCAACCAGCUCUGCAUCGAUUGAUUGUUUUACUUUGGUUUACAGCAUCCCCCCUCCUGUAUCCUGACACAAGUGGAAUAAAGCAUUCCGUUCACCCGC